GUCAUGAUCGACUGGCCCAAUGUGACUGCGUCCGGCCACCAGGAGCUGGGCCUGAAACCUGAGGAGGUGGAGAAGUCCAAAUGUGUUCUGGGCUUCAUCCCUGUCAUCUACUACAGCAUUCUGCUCUGUGUGGGAGUACCAGUGAACAUCCUCACGGCAGUGGCUUUGUCCAGACUGGCGUCCCGCACCAAAAAAGCUCUGUACUACUACCUUCUGGCAGUGACGGGCUCAGAUAUUCUCUCCCAGCUCUUUAUCAUCUUUGUCGGUUUCCUGCUGGAGACCGCGGUUUUUCACCGCGAUGUCCCUGCACUCCUGUUGCACUCUGUCAGUGCUGCAGAAUUCGCCGCCAACCACGCUUCCAUCUGGUCCACCGUACCCCUCACCGUGGACCGUUAUGUGGCGCUGUGCCACCCCCUCCUCCACCGCCAGAUCAGCUACCCGGCUCGCGCCAGGAGGAUCAUCGUGGUGGUCCUGACGUUAUCGCUCGCAUCGGGCGUGCCUUUCUUCUGGUGGUCGGACAUGUGGAGGAACAGCCACCCGCCCACAGCGAUGGACACUGUACUCGUAUGGACACAUGUGACUAUCAUCUACUUCCUGCCCUGCAGCAUCUUCCUGGUGCUGAACUCUUUGAUAAUCCAAACGUUGAGGGUGAGGCAGAGGCAGCAGUGUUGCCAGGAGGAGAGCGGGCCGAAGUCGGCGCCUCCACGGCGACUUGGGAAAACCACAGCCAUGCUUCUGGCCAUCACUUCUGUGUUCUCUGUGCUGUGGGCCCCAAGGACUGUCGUGGUCAUCUACCACCUGUAUGUGUCCUCAGUUCACAGAGACUGGCGCGUCCACUUGGCCUACGACCUGUCCAACAUGCUGGCCAUGCUCAACACAGCUGUCAACUUCUUCCUGUACUGCUUCGUCAGUAAGCCUUUCCGUGGCGCUGUACGGGACGUCUUACUGCUCAGGGGGGGUCCGCUGUAUCCUCGCCGCGCCCUGCCACAACAGCAGGCCCCCACCAAUGCCUCUAUCUCCUCUCUGUACAGUGGGAACAACAAGCGCUCGCAGAGGGAAUCCACCCCCUUGUCACCUCGCCGGGCGAGAAAGCCCUCAUGA